AUGCGCCGUGGACGCCCUACAAGGCCAGAUGCCUCGCAACAUAACUCCGCACGGCCAAGCCCGUCGCCUUUCCGCGGUGCAUCUACAGACCCUUUUGCUGCGCUGGACGGGCAAAAGUCGCCAGAUGCUGGAGAAGAGUUCUCGGACAGGUUCCCGUCUCUCGAUCAGUUCAAUAUUUUGCACGAAAAACGUGGCAAGUUUGACUUUGAACCUAGCUUCGCGGAUAAGAAAGAGGACGACGCCCUUGCGCAGAGGCUCACCAAUGCUCUGGCCGACGAGGCCUUUGCCAAGCGCCCAUCGCCACCUGAAGAGCCAGCUUCCGAGCCUAUCCCAAGCAGACGCUCGCAACCAGCUGCACCAGCUCCGGCCAAAACUUCGCCUGUGGAAUAUAAUCAGUAUCGUGACGAGCCUUCCCGGUCACAGGCGCCUUUGUACCAACCAGCACCCAAGAGGCCCAUCAUGAUCUCUACUGGCACAAUGACAUCACCGCCUGCAAGUCCUGGAUUGUCGGAAAUGAAACCGUCCAGCCGGCCAAUGUAUAGAUUCCCGUCCUCAGAGCAACAGCCGAAAUCCGCGGACAGUGAGAGGAGGAAAUCGAAACAAGGCAUAUCGCCAACCGCUUCUCACAAGCUAGAGGUCGACCCCAGGAUCUCAUCCGACCGCCUCUCUAAUCUUUCAGCAUCCUCACGGCCAUCUCUGGAGGCGCUUCGGCCGUCCCACUUGGAAGUUGAUGACCUCUCGCACCGGUCAAAGUCCGCUAACGGCAGGUCUCGACCGGUGUCUGUCCACGCAGGCACUAAGCUUGAGCUACCGCCACGAAGUGCUGAGAGCGCUCGGUCGUCACUCGAUCUUCCAAGGUCUCCAUAUGACGUUGGAGAACCUCUGCAGCAUGCACGUACCGAAGCUGACCAGUAUGACCGCGCGAACAUUUCCUCGGAUGUUGAUUAUCUACGGGCCAAGGAGGAGGAAUCGAAUCGGAAGCGUGAAAAGCGCUACAGCGGGAGCUCCUCGAAACAUACCAAACGCUCCAGUCUCUCAACAUUGUCCCUUUCCGGCACCAAGACGCUGCUAGCCGGUCGAUUCGGCGAUGCUUUCCGCCGAUUCGAAGCGAACCAGGAGGGCAAGGCCCAAUCCCCCGCCCAAGAAGACUUACCCAGGCCGUUUUUGUCGCCUGUUCCGGGAUCCGAAUCAGCAGGGGAAACUGUCGGGAAUUCAGACAACGAGGAUGACGACAUCUCACCCGAGAUGCGUCGCGAGCUCGAACGCCGCCGCCUCUCGCAGGAAGAGAAACGCGUUGCCAACGCCGCCGCCGAAUACCGUCGCCGAGUCGCCGAGAAAGGGGAGGGAGGCCGGCAGGGAGGCCCUGCGAUCUUGAACAGGGUGCAAACGCUACUCGGCGAGUCCAACAAGGCGCCCGUACCAAAGACCGCCACAGGAUACGGGAGGUUCACUGAGAGUUCCGAUCCCGCUUUGCAGGCAAAGCAACCGGACGUACAACCCGCUACUUCUUCCUCGCGACCAAGCACGAGGGGCGGAGCCCCACCGGCACCACUUCCAAAGCAGGAAACCUCAUCAGCAGCCUACGCAGCGACGCAGCGCACGGGACCCCGACCAACGGCGCCUCCCAAGCCACAGAGCCUUCGAGCCGGGACCACGGGCACGGACCCAGCCCCAGGCCCGACAAGCAGCUUUGACCGUCCACAAAGCCGGAGUCAGACCACCCACGCAGCAGCCCCCACGAGUCCCAACGAAGACUGGGAGGCCAACUUCAGCCGGCGCUUUCCCAGUCUCUCGGGGCUGGAGAUGGUCGAGACGGAAAUCGAGAUACCCAAGUUCCCCGCUGUACGGACUAAAGAAGUGUAA